AUGUCUCUGCGGCCAGACUUCCUCUGGGGCUUUGCCACCGCAUCAUAUCAGAUCGAGGGUGCCAUCGAUCAAGAUGGCCGUGCCCCUUCCAUCUGGGACACCUUCUGUGCCAUCCCCGGCAAGAUUGCCCACGGAGCCUCGGGCGAGGUAGCGUGCGACUCGUACAACAGGACGGCAGAGGACAUUGCUCUGCUCAAGGAGGUCGGUGCCCAGGCCUACCGCUUCUCUCUGUCGUGGUCCCGCAUCAUCCCUCUCGGCGGACGCAAUGACCCCGUCAACCAGGCCGGUCUUGAUCACUACGUCAAGUUCGUCGAUGAUCUCCUCGACGCCGGCAUCACACCCAUGAUCACCCUAUACCACUGGGAUCUGCCUGACGAGCUCGACAAGAGAUACGGCGGCCUGCUGAACCGGGAAGAGUUCCCUCUCGACUUUGAGAACUAUGCCCGCGUCGUCUUCAAGGCGAUCCCAAAGUGCAAGUACUGGAUCACCUUCAACGAGCCAUUCUGCAGCUCCGUCCUCGCCUACAGCUUCGGCCAGUUCGCCCCGGGCCACACCUCGGACCGCACCAAGUCUCCCGUGGGCGACUCGUCCCGCGAGCCCUGGAUCGUCGGCCACAACCUCCUCGUCGCCCACGGCAGGGCCGUCAAGGUCUACCGCGACGAGUUCAAGCCCACAGACAAGGGUGUCAUCGGCAUCACCCUGAACGGUGACGCCACCUACCCUUGGGACCCUGAGGACCCGCGCGACGUCGAGGCCGCGGAGCGCAAGAUUGAGUUCUCGAUUGCCUGGUUUGCCGACCCGGUCUACUUUGGCAAGUACCCGGACUCUAUGCGGAAGCAGCUCGGCGACCGGCUGCCCGAGUUCACAGCCGAGGAGGCGGCGCUGGUCAAGGGCUCCAACGACUUCUACGGCAUGAACCACUACACUGCCGACUACGUCAAGCACGGCGACGGCAACCCUCCGCCCGAGGACCACGCCGGCGACCUAACGACGAGCAAGACCAACAAGGCCGGCGAGUCGAUCGGCCCGGAGACGCAGUCGUUCUGGCUGAACCCCAACCCGCAGGGGUUCCGGAACCUGAUCAACUGGCUGAGCAAGCGGUACGGCUACCCGCCCAUCUACGUGACCGAGAACGGCACCAGCAUCAAGGGCGAGAACGACCUCACCCGCGAGCAGAUCCUCGAGGACGACUUCCGCGUAAAGUACUUCCACGACUACGCGCACGCCCUCGCGGCCGCCGUAGCCGAGGACGGCUGCGACGUCCGCGGCUACAUGGGCUGGUCCCUCAUGGACAACUUUGAGUGGGCAGAGGGCUACGAGACGCGCUUCGGCUGCACCUACGUCGACUACGAGGACAACCAGAAGCGGUAUCCCAAGAAGAGCGCGUACGCCAUGAAGCCCCUGUUUGACAGCCUCAUCAAGAAGGAAUGA